GAACGGAAUCGACCCGAAAGAAAAUACAAAAUCAAGCCCCUUCAACGGUUCUUUCUUCCAUUUUCACGACUUCAUACUCUGCAAAAUCCCAGCACUGAAACAGGCCAGCCAUGGAUACACCACCUCCGUCUCAUCGUUCGAGCAGUACAAAAUCGGCUUCAAGACUCUCCCCGCUCCGCUGUUUCGAUGACCUCGAAUUUGAAUCUCUAAAUGUGGAGCCUUCCCCCUCGCACUCACCUUCCGCUUCAUCUCCGAAGCUCCCUAAUAGUCUACCCGUCCGCGAUAUAUUACUCCUAUCACCUUCUCUUGUUCGUAGGAAAAUUUCCCUUUCGGCGGAGAAGCUUGAAAUACCUGACAAUGGUGUGGAGCUCAGCGGGGGUCGCAGGAGAUCCAGGAUUAGGAAUGCGGCCUCUCCAAGAAGUUGCCGGAGAUCAAGAAGGAGGUUAGAGAUAGAAUUGGUGAAAGAAGAGAAAGAUUUGGGAUUGGGAGAACAAAUUCAUAAGCCAAGGAAGAAGAAGCACAGUGGUAGAUAUAAGAAAGAUAAACUUGGCUUAGUUCCAAUACCAUCUCCAAAAUCAAUUGAAGGUGAAGGGGUUAAUCUCGAUAGGAUAAGUGAGCAGAUAUAUGAUCUGGUGUUGUGGAGGGAUGUAGCAAAAUCAAGCCUUUGGUUUGGGUUUGGUUCUAUCUGCUUUCUGUCUUCUAUUUUUGCCAAUGAAGUUAGCAUAAGUGUUGUUUCUUUCGUGUCUCAAGUUGGCCUGCUAUUUUUGGUAGUAUCGUUCUUCUCAAAUACGUUUCGUCCGAGAGACAAUGUUGAAGUUAAGACUGUUAAAGAAGAAGAUAUUCAGAGAAUUGCGAGAUUGAUACUUCCAACAACAAAUCUUGCAAUCUCGAAGACAAGGGAGUUGUUUUCUGGAGAACCUGCCAUGACCAUAAAGGUACUACCAUUCCUGCUGGUUGGAGCUAACUUUGGCCAUCUGCUUACUCUGUGGAGACUAUCUGCAUUUGGGUUUUUCAUCAGCUUCAUUGUCCCAAAACUAUAUUCCUCAUGCUCCAGCCAAAUAUGUAGAACAGCUGAGAGCUUUAAAUUUUGGGCCAUAGAGAGAUGGGGAGAUUGCUCUUACAAGAAGACUAUAGCAGUAUCUGCAUUGAUUGCCUUUUGGAACCUUACCUCUAUCAGAACCCGCAUUUUUGCAGCAUUCGUAUGUUUUGUAGUACUUAGAUAUUGUAGACAGAAAUCAGAAGAAAAAGGUGAAGAAGAGACUGUUAAAGAAGAGGUAAAAAUGAAAAAAGAUGAAAAUGAAGAUCAUAAGGCAUUGAUUGUGUUUGAAUGAAUUCCGCUCGGCAUUACUUCUUGUUUGUUGUAUAAAAGAAAAAUCCGCUGUACCUCAAUAUUUGAGCAAUAAUUGAAGAAAUAAGUUGGUGUGCUAUCAUCUCUAUAUCCAAU